ACUUCUUAGUCAAGCAAGCGAUUGUUCUUACCCUGCCUGAAGAGUCCAGUAUUGGCACUAACCCCCCGAUCGCUCUCCACAGAAACCCUAGAAGGGUUUUAGGAUUUUUCAAUUCAAUACUCUCUCUCUAUAUCAAUCCUUCAACAAUGGCAGAACAGAACGUGAACAAUGAAGGCGCCAAUGGAUCAGAGAAGCUCACCCUUGUCGUCCGGAAGCCCUAUUUCGGACUACCUACUGCCUGCCCGAUUUGCUUGCCUGCCUACAUUUAUCUCAAAUUCGCCAAUGUCCGUUUUGAUGUAGACUUCAAUCUCGUCUAUCCCGAUUCAGAUCAAAUACCUUUUGCAGAAUAUGGUAGCUAUGUGGCCUACAACAAUGAGAAAGGUGGAGUUAUUCAGUGUUUGAAGAAUGAUGGCAUUGUUGAUUUGGACUCUAAUGUCUCGCUAAUCCCUGAUUGGGUAUCAACAAAAGCGAUGGUGGAAUCAUGGCUUGCGGAAGCUGUGAUGUAUGAACUUUGGGUGGAUCCUGAUGGAAGUUCAGCACACAAGAUAUAUUUUUCAGAUCUCCCAUGGCCAAUAGGAAAGCUUUUAUACUUGAAGAAAGUUUAUAAGGUGAAGCAGCUGCUUGGGAUAAGCAAAGAAAACUGUGAGAGAAGAAAAGAGGAGAUCUAUACCAGAGCAGCUACUGCUUAUCGUGCUUUAUCAACUAAGUUAGGCGAGCAAUCUUUUUUCUUUGAGGACAGGCCUACAAGUUUGGAUGCUGAAUUUCUCGGUCAUGUGCUUUUUACUCUCUAUGCAUUGCCUGAGACAUCAUCGCUGCGAAGUAAGCUGUUGGAGCAUGCAAAUCUUGUAAAUUACGCAGAAUCUCACAAGCUAGGUUUCAUAGAUGCUGCCCCCCAGUCCCAGUCUGAUCCCUCCUCCUCAGCUCCUAAGAGAGGUCCUUCAAGUUUUAGUAAGUUGCCCUUCACUUAGUUUUUUGUUUUUAUUUUCUUGUACAUAUUUCCUUAGUUAUGUAAAAGGAUUAUUGUUUACAAGGCUCGUUCUGCGCUGCCUCCUUAUUACUGAUUUUCGUUACUAGAUAAAUAAAUUAUUCUGUCAGUGUUGAUUUUGGAUUCGAUCAUUUGAAUUGUGUACCUGUGGUUGUAUGAAAUAGCUUCAUAUUGGGAUUCUUUCCUCCUGUUUUUCUCGCCCAUUAAGACAGAAAUGCCUUAUUUCUGUAUGAGAUUCUCAAUUUUGCUGAAAUCUUAUUCAUGUGGCAUUCGUUAUGAAAAUAGACCUAACUGCUUAAAUCGGGUUAUGCUGUCUGUAUUGGCCUUCAUUUCUUCUGCAGUAAUGGAGGAAAGCUCAUUAAGUUCAUCUCAUGAUUUAGUUUUUAGAUGUAAAAUGCUUGGAAGAUUGUAUUUUUGUCGGGGUUUUGUUGUUUGGGGUUGGGGGGUGCGUGGCUGUUUGAGUGGAUUUGUCACAAGCCGGGGGAUUGACAGUUGAAAUCUUUGCGGGAUCCAUUUUCUUGAAAAAGAACCGCGUCUUUGACUUUCCUAUUUAGCGUUACCCCAGCUUUAAUUAUUGAGGUUUUGGAUGAUCACGUAGAUAUGCUUGAUUACUGUUUGAUAUUCUGAUGAAAAUGCCCGUAAAAUGUUUCUGACAUCUGCACUAUAAUUAUAAGCCCACUGUUAAAAGUUUUCUUUUGAAUGACAACAUUGAAUUCAAUCUUAUGGGCAACUAGAAUGAAAGCUUAACUGAAUGGUGAUGCAUUUAAGGCAUGAUAAUUCAUUUUGAUAGGAAUAUUCACUAAGCUCCAAACAGGAUCUUGAGGUGAAAAUCUUCUCGGCAACCCUUUCUCUCCUGCUUAUUAGUUGUAUGACGAUUAUGUUUUUAUUUGAUUUGAUCUUUUUGGUGUGAUGAAAAGCUUUUAGGGAAGCCCCCAUAGUCCGUCUCCUAUCUCCAUUCCUACAUCUCUUGUGAUUUUUCUGUGUUAUAAAACUGCUAGUUGCCUGCAGUCAGAAACAAGAUAUAUUACGAAGAUGAUAUCUGAGAGAGAGCUGAACACACGUGUUAGAUAUGAAUUUGCCAAAAAUUUGCCAUUGGGAGACUAUUGGUGAUGGUUUUUAGAGUGAUAUUCAGGGUAAAAAUUAAUGAAUGUUGUGAAAUCUAAUACAAGGGGUCUCUAGUGCUUGAGUUUAUUAAUCUUCCCGACACAUUUUUUGCAUAUGGUCCUUUACAGCCUGUUUUCAAGUCAUUAAGUUGUACCAAGAUUGAAAAGUAAAUUCUUCCUGAACUUUCUCACCUGUUAUAAGUGUAUGCACGUUGCUGAUGCUGUUCCUUUUGUUUAUCGCAGAAUCAAAUCCCAAGCCAAAACCUAAGAGAGAAAAGACAGAGGAAGAGAAAAAGUUCCGUAGGAGAGCUAAGUACUUUCUGGUAACCCAAUUAGUUGCAGUAUUGGUCUUCCUCUCCCUUCUUGGUAGGCCUGAUGACGUUGAUGUAGAAAUUGAGGAUGGUGAUGAAGGAUAUGAUUACGAUUAACGGAGUGAGCUGUUUUGGUUGAUUCAUGCUGUCUGUCUAUAGGACAUGGGUUUACUUGGGUAGGUGCCGCCGGUCAAACAACCAUUUUCGUUAAUAAUAUUACUUUUUUUUGUCCCUUCCAUCUCUGUUUUGGAAAAUUUCUUGUAUAUUCAUCGAUCGAGGGCAAGGAGCCGUUUGUUUUAUCAUCUGAAAACGGAUUCAGGAAACUAAUUUGAAUGCUAACGGAUUGUAUUCGAAUUCUGAUGGACAACGGUUCUAGAAUCAAUAAUAUAAUCAUUUGCUGUAAAAUGAUUCUGUUUUUCCAAACUUUCAGGUUUAUUCAGUGCUUGGCCAAAUCGGUUUUAGUGACAGAUGC